UCUCGAUCGAUCACAGGAUUAAUCCAAUUUCUUGGAUCGAUCCAAUGAUCGAUCUUCUAGAUGCCUUGAUUGAUUCCCAUUUUUUUUCUAAUUAAUUAAUUAUUUGUUCUGAUUUUUUUUCUUUUGUUUUUCUAGGAUUUUGAUUGUCUGGUUAGAAUUUGCAAUGUCUAUGAAUUUGUCAAAAAAAAGAUAAAAAAGAUAUUGGUUGGAAAUAUUGUUAUCAAAAUGAAGGGGAAAAAUCUGUUCGGUGUAAAUUUUGUCAUCAUAUAUCGAAUGGAGGGAUUACUCGUUUGAAAGAACAUUUAGCUCAAACUCAUAAAGGGGUUGCACCUUGUGUUAGUGUUCCGGAUGAUAUUAAGAAAGAAAUUAGAGAAUCAAUUGACAAAAUUAGAGCAUCUAAAAGCAAACAAACCGAAUUGUUACGAGAGAUUGGUGAAGGUCCCCAAAGUAUGAGUACACAAUCAUCAAAAGUUGGAAGUGUAGGAGGAAAUUCAAUUGGAUGUUCUGGUAGUGGUGAAUCAAAAGGUAAAGGUACCCUUCAUGGAUUUGUUAGUUCUGAACCUCGACAAACAACUCUAAAUUCGACAUACAAAAAAGAUUUACUGGUUGAUGUGAAGCGUAGAGUUGGUCGUUUUAUAUACUCUGUCGCACUUCCGUUUAAUGUUGUGAAUGAUCCUUAUUGGUUGCCUAUGGUUGAGGGCAUUGAGGAAUAUGGAAGAGGGUUCAAGCCUCCUUCAAUGCAUGAGUUAAGAACUUGGAUACUUAAAGCUGAGGUUGACGGCAUCAACCUAAUAUAUGAGGAGCAUAAAAAAGCAUGGAAAAAAUAUGGAUGCAUUAUUAUGUCCGAUGGUUGGACGGAUGGAAAGAAUAGAAGUUUGAUUUAUUUUUUGGUAAAUAGUCCCACUGGCACUUUCUUUUUGAAAUCUAUUGAUGCAUCAACUUCUAUUAAAAAUGGGGAACUGAUCUUUAAAUAUCUUGAUGAUGUUGUUGAUGAGGUGGGAGAGGAAAAUGUAAUUCAAAUUGUCACGGAUAAUGCUUCGAAUUGCAUUAAGGCGGGGAAAAAAAUUAUGGAGACUAGACAUAGAAUUUGGUGGACACCUUGUGCGGCGCAUUGCAUUGAUCUAAUGUUGGAGGAUAUUGCAAAGUUGAAGAUUUUUUCUAAUACAAUUGAGCAAGAUAAGAUGGUUGUGAAGUUCCUUUACGGUCAUGGGACUAUAGUUUCUUUGAUGAGAAAGUAUACAAACGGUAAAGAAAUUCUCCGUCCCGCUGUUACUCGCUUUGCUACUUCAUUUCUCACUCUUCAGAGUAUGUAUAAGGUUAAAAGGCCACUUGAACAAAUGUUUGCUUCCGAAGAUUGGGUUAGUUCACCACUAUCUCAAACAACUCAAGGGAAGGUCGUGAAGAGAAUUGUUAUUAAUGAUCCCAACUUUUGGCCACAUGUUGCAUUUGGUGUUAAGAGUGUUGUUCCUCUUGUAAGUGUGUUAAGGAAAGUUGAUUCGGAGGAGAGAUCGAUCAUGGGAUAUAUUUAUGAACUUAUGGAUAAGGCAAAAGAGACAAUAAAAUUUAAUUGUGGGGGAGUUGACAGAAAAUAUAAGCCCAUUUGGAAAAAAUUGAUUCACGAUGGACUCCACAACUUCAUCAUCCUCUACACGCGGUCGGGUACUAUUUGAACCUGCAAUUGCGUUAUGAAGAAAAAUUUUCUGAUUGUGAUGAAGUUAGAGAUGGAUUGUAUAUUUGCAUGGAUAGGAUGUUGUCUUCUGAUGAUCGUCUUAAAGCAGACAUCCAAUUGGACUUGUAUAAUAAAGCUGAAGGAGAAUUUGGAACUCCAAUAACAAAACGAACAAGAAUGUUGCAAACUCCGGAUAAAAUUUUCUUCUUGUAAACGUUCUUGUAAAAUUAUACUAGCAUUUAUAUUUUAAAAUUAUAUACAUUCUUGUAAUUUUUUUUAAUGUUAUUACUUAUUAGUCUCGUGGUGGGAACGUUUUGGAAGUAAGACACCCGAUCUUACUACAUUUGCAAUUCGAGUGCUUGGUCUCACUUGUAGUGCUUCUGGAUGUGAAAGAAAUUGGAGCACUUUUGAAUCGGUGAGUAUUCUAAGUUUCUAACUCUACUUGAAUUUUAAUUGUUUUAUAAUUUUCAUAUGAUUGUUUAUUUUUAAUUUUUAUAUAUAUAUUUUCUUCUUUGUAAUAUUAGAUUCAUACAAAAAAGAGAAAUAGGCUUGAACAUGCAAAGUUGAAUGCGUUGGUGUUUGUGAAAUAUAACUUCAAGCUUAGGGAGAGAAGCAUUAGGAGGAGAGACAAGAUUGAUCCCAUUGUAGUUGAUGAAAUUAAUUCGGAUGAUGAAUGGAUAACUGAGAAAGAAGGUCCAGUUCUCCCCGUAACUACUAAAUGGCUUGAAGAUGAUGAAUUAUUUGAAAGUGAUCCUAUUGUGAGUAUGUCGUCGGCUACUUUUGAAAGUCUUUUCGACUCAGAUAAGCGAAUUGAAGAUGUUGAGGAUAUAGUUGAAGUUCCUCCUACGAAUUCAAAAAAAAAAAAAGUUGUUGAAAAUUCAAGUGGAAGCAAAGACAAACAAGCAAGGUUGAGUCUUAUUGAUGUGGAAGAUAAUCAUCUUGAUGCUGAAAAUUAUGGAGGAGUAAUUCCAGCAACUUUUGAUAGUGGAAAAUUUCCAACCAUAGACACUAUUGAUGAUGAUAGUAAUAUCGAAUUGGAUGAUACUGAUUAUUUUUAGGUUAUGUUGUUUUAAUUAUAAGACUUUUUAAAUUGUUGCUAUAGGAUAUUUUAUGAUUAAUUUUAGGUUAUGUUAUUUUUAUUUUACUUAUAUAAGUAUAUAUAUAUAUAUAUAUAUAUAUAUAUUUUAAUUUAAACAUUGACGUGCACGAAAAGCUUGCGCUAUACGCUUCGCUAUUUACGCUACGCGAUGACAAGACAAAAACGCUAUGAACCAACGCUACGCGAUUUAAAACACUACGCACCACACAUAAAUUUGUGUAUUGUAGUGUUAAUCACCUAUUCGAUAAUUGGCAUGUUAAUAGUUGCCAGCUCAAAUGUGAUGCUGCUGUUUGUUCUGCCUUGCAAGGGCUGUACCCUUUUAGUUGUUUAAAAUUAUGUGGUCGUGUCAGUUCUAGUUUCCUUCCCAUCCUAAUUCAUCUUUGCAUAAUAACAUGUUGGUACAUCAUAUAAAUUAUUGUAUAUGCCAUUACACUAAUGAUAAAUUGUAGUUCAACUUAUGGAAUUCUAUAUUUCAAUGGAAAGCUGAAUAAAAUAUAGGCACAUUGCCAUUUUGAUAUUUUAGGAUAGAGAGUUCCAACUGAUUUUAUCCAUUUUAAAAGUCUCCAGUUUUUGCAGUUACUUUUUUUGUUCCAUGAAGGGCCUAAAACGGUUAUGAUUAAACAUUUUAUAAAUUUUUAUCUUUAUUCAUUCAUCGUGUUCUAUUUCAUGAAAAUGCCUUGUUGAAAUUUCAUGAAAAUUCCCUUUUCAUAAUAUUUUCCAAUCAUUGCUAGUAGCUACACUCACCUUUACUUUGUAAAGUAGAAACAUUUGUAAUACAACUAUACACAUGAAAUUUUAUGGACAAAAAUCAAAAGGGCGCCCCAAAUUAAUAGAAACAUCAUAUUAGCACCCCUUUUUCUAAAAAAAAGUCAAAUGAGCACACCUCUCAUGAUUUUAUCCAAAAAUACUCUUGGGUUCAGCGCUGUUGUAGAAGCUACCGGCUAGCUUUUACACGCUCGAUUAUGAUUAGACUGUGUUCAUUUGAAAUGUAAUGAGUGUCAUGAAAUCCUAUCGUUUGGUUUGCUCAUUAAAAUGUUGUUUUAAUCAAGUUAUUACUCAGAAAAGCAAAAUCAAAAUGAUAUAACGUUACAACUAGCUUCUACAAGGUGUAGAAGCUAACAUACACGAUCGAUUAUAAUCAAAUAAUCUUCAUUUGAAAUGUGAUAAGUGUCAUGGAGUCUCAAUCAUUUAUUUUGCUCGUUAAAAUAUUGUUUUAACCAGUUUAUCACUCAAAUAAGCAAAAUCAAAAUGAUAUAAAGUCACUAUUAUAGAAGCUAGUUGAAUUGUAGAAACUAGUUGCUAGCUUCUCAUAAUGUAUUGUAGAAGCUAGUUGUUAGCUUUUGCAAUUGUAGAAGCUAGUUGCUAGCUUCUACACGACUAAAUGAUCAGAUAAUAUAAGGGUAUUUUGGGUAUGCCACUUUAAAUGGGGCGUCCAUUUGACUUUAAUCAUAAAUAGGGUGCCUACGAAAACGCAAAUGAUGGGCGCUCAUUUGAUUUUUGUCCAAAUUUUAUCAAGCAUUUUUCCUGUACAUAAAUGCUAGUGAAAUGUUACCUUAUCUCUCAUGCAACAUAUAAAUCUUCUUUUAAGGUUUGCAUCCGUCCAUGAUGUCUUCGAGAUACAUUUGUUGACCACAGUGGCACAUCUCUAAAGUUGACAUCCUUGUGCCUUGAAUUGGCUUUUCAUACAUAUCAGCAGCAAUUAGUAGAAAUCAGUGUAGCAUAAUUAGCAGCAUUAAUUAUCAGUUUCCUAAAUAUUGUAACACAAUUGCAGUGCUCCAAACAUUUACCUAAUUGUAAACUUGAAUGUGUUUUCUUUAUUUUGUGUCGAUAGAGCAUUAAGAAAUUGGAUUAUCACCAUAAGAAAUACCUUAAUGCUUCAUGCUCGUCUGGGUAUAAUUUCAAUAGUGCCAAGCCUUAACAAUUAGGAACAAAGAGCUUGAUUUUCCCCUCCUCUUUUCUUUUCUUCUUUUCUCUCCUCCGCUGUUCUCUUCUUUCCCUCUCUACAUGUAAACAAUACCUCGAUGUUUCCUUUUGCGGUUACAAAGAGUCUGAAUCUACUCAUUAAGGAUGGCUUUCUAUAUUUGGUUUGACCUUCUACACAAUUCCCUUUCCUGGAUACCAAACCUAUAAUGUUCAUUACUAUUUACUAUAGCUCUUAAAAUUUAAGGGCAGAAUGCAGAAUUCUACUGUAAAAAGAGUUGUGGCAAAGUUGAGACUAUGUUGGCUAAACCUAUGAUGAGAGUAAAUUUUGAAGUUGAAUUUUGAUAGAGCUGUGAUGAAAUUGUAGUCAACUGUUCAAACUAGAAAGGAAAGGACAUGAUAUACCAUAAUUUCUAAUUUUAUCACAUGUAUUUUUCAGUAUUAUUGCAUUUACAAUAAGCCAUAUAACCAAUUAUUUACAGUCAGCUGAUGUGGCUAGAAGUUAUAUUACUAUAGUAAUCCUUCAACUUACUGGUUUCUUGCUCAGAAAAUUCUAAUCGUCAAUGAGUAGAAGUUAAUCUAUAAAGCAGGCAAUCAAAAUAUCAAUUAAGGCAAAAAUAGUAAUAAUUUUUUAAAAAUAUAAUAAGUACACAGUAGUCUUUCAAAACCUAAUAAGAGUUUAACCUAAAAUAAUUUGUAUAUUUAUGGGUUUCUAUAGUAUACGUAUAUUACUUUCAUCUGCAAUAUUGUUACAAACAUUCUCAUCCACCUGUUGCUAUAUGUAUCCAUGUAUUUGCCUUUGCAGUAAUCUCCAAUUUCAAUAAUUUUUUUACUUGGGCUGAGCCAAAUGGCCAAGUAUUGGAGCAUAAUAAGUAAAGCAAGUGUUCAAUCCUCUUCUUGAACAUAAUAAAUAGUAGUUGUUACCAUUUAGACUUGUCAUCUUACUAACGAUCACUUCUAUCCAUUAGGAAUACGUCUACUUUUGGGGACCAUGGAAUGCAUCUACUAGCCCAUAGGAAACACUAGGAAACAUUAGGAUUUACAUGUGAAAACCCUUGAUGGAUCAAGAGUAAAAAGACAUGAGAAGUAUAAUCUACUAAAGAAAUAUGGAGAAUAACUUUGUCUCCAUAAUCAUCAUGCAUAAGGGAUAAAAAUCAAUACUAGGCUAUUUUGUUGGAAUCAAAUACAAAUGCAUGCAGAGUUCACCAUCACUUGUCUCGAGAAUGGGUCCUAAAUCUCCUCUUUAAGAAAUCUCCCAUCAAGUUGGUUCAAAAAACUUCUUUCCGCUUGUCUCACAGUUUCAAGCACUCUUGGGGAUCUCUGCAAGGAUCCCUAGAUGCUGAUAAACUUUGGCACGCUCUUGAAGAAAUUAUUGUGUUGAAAAAAAUGAUGAACCUGUCACCUGAAAACUAAAAGCUAGUGUUGCUGCUCUGUCCUGUACUUAGCAGUCUACUGCCUAUGGUUUGACCCCAAAGGAAAACCACUUCUCUUUACUGCUAUCUGCCCCUUGUUUAUGAUUGGUACUGAGUGAAUGGUUCAUGUGUUCUAGACUGGACACACUAUGGGUUGAUCCCAACCUCAUGGGGUUUCUUUACUGCUACGUGCCCCUUUUGCGUGAUUGGUAUUGAAUGAAUGGUUCAUGUGUCCUAGACUGAACAGUGGCUUCAUGGCUGAUUACCUUUACGUGUUGGAAGAUCAUCAGAUGAUAAAUUAUUUAGGUGGAAAAAUAAAUAAGGUCAUAUUAAAUCAUCUAGAGUCGAAUUCAGCUGUUUCUUGAAAAGGUGCCAUGUAACCACACAUAGGAAGUCAUUCUAUUUCCUUUCAAACUUUUUCAUCUUAUUUUGACUCUACCAUUCUCUACUAGUUCACUGGUUUCCAUUUGAUGGAUAAAAGAUUACUAUCUAGGAUCACUUAUUUGCCAAUGCCGAAUCAAAAAGAGAAAUCCAAUUUUCCCCUUUAUUAUUUCUUGCAACUGUAUUUGCCUAAUAUCCAAUUAUUGCU